AAUGUAGAAUGCAGCGUAUUGCCUGGAUGUCUCGCCCUGAAGUACAAGCGUACCACCUACCAGUGUACCAUGUACCGCCACCUCAGUGUGACAGACGGGAGUCCAGUGUCAUUGGACCAAGUCUCGGAUGAUGCACGAAGAUAUGCAAUUUCGGAAGCAUCUGUAUCUGCCGCUGCUCCAGCACCACAAAGAACACAAAGAAAUCGACCCGAAUGCGCCUUUCGCCCUAAAUGUCCAAAAGGAGGCCCGGGCGGCGUAUCCUGCCAGUGCAGCUUUUCUAGCAGAUGUGUGGAUGUCCCCCGAGUGGACUGCAUCGCUGGACGAUGUGUCUGUGAGGUCGGUUAUUCUUUUGACCACAAGGCCAACAUUUGCAGAUCUUUAGCUGAAUGCACGUCGUUUAAGGACUCCUUCACAACAUAUGAUGCAAAGCAAAUACAACACCACUCAGUGACAAACAUGACGUAUGUGUCGUACCAUAACUGCGUCAGAGUAUGCAGGAAUUAUACACAAGCCAUGUGCAAGUCUGUCUCUGUCGAAACUUUGAGCCAAAUGUGCUUCCUUCACAACACCACGUGGCUGGAAGUGCAAGAAGCACAUCGCAAGGCGGCAGUCCUUCGUUCCCUUUUCCAACGAGACUGUUGCUGGUAAACAAGGAUAUCCAACGUAUGUCGAAGCAAUGUUAGUGUGUAUUACCGUCUGUAACUGUCGUCGGGCCGUGAAUGCCCUGAACAAUAGCCUUCACCUUAUAUCAACAUAAGGGAGAUUAUCGCGAUGCAGCCAGUGUAUUGAAGAAAUACCGAUACACGGAUGACUUACUAUUUUCUUGUGAAGCUUCACGUCCAACUUUGAUGACAUAAGGGAUCAAGCGCGUGUCUCUAUCAUCUCACACAAUAUAUAUCAGUUCAUCAAGAUCGGCGGUUUCACCCUGGAUAUCCAGCCAACUACGUCUUGUUUCGGAAGUUUGACUACUGCUGGGUGAGUGUUAUUACCACUGCUAUAGACAUUUAUACUGCCAUUGUAAUUGUACUGCCGUUAUAUGUUACUGCCUCGCUUUUGUGUUGUAGUUGUAAUUACCAUGCAGUAAUUGGUAUAGAUCUGUCAACCUUGUUAAUGUUACAAUACAAUUGCU